AUGUCUGAUGCCGACUUUGAGACCAUAAGGCGUCUUCAAGCUGAGCGGAACGCUUCAGCCUCGAGCAAAAAAGGUUCUAAAACUUUCGACCCAUCCUCUCAACGAGCUGACGUUUCGACCAAGGCUUCCCUGACUGAAUCCUUCGAUACAACGCUUUACGAUCGCAAUGGAACCGACAAGUAUGCGGAAUAUAACACUUCCAUCCCCGUCGACGAUGAAGACGAGGAUAUGGCGGAUGAGGGUGUCCGACUGACAGGGCAGUAUACGGCGACAAAAGAACAAAUGAACGAGUUUGCUGCUGGCAAGGGAGUCGAGGAAGAAGAUAUCCUCCUUGGGCGUGAGAAAUCCGCCAGGAUCUCGGAGCGCGAGACUGACUACCAGAAGCGGCGCUUUAACCGUGGCCCUCUUACUCCGACACGUGCCGACCCGUUUGCUUCAAAUUCCCAGGCGAAUAUAGAAGCCGAAGGCCAAACCUAUCGUGAUGUCAUGGCUCUUCGGGAGCUAGAAAAGGAGGAAGAACGAGUAAAAAAAUUGAUUGCCGAGCAACAUAACCAAGGCCAGAAAAAUGGAUCUAUUGAACACGAAGCGACCUUGAAGUUAAACGAGGCUGACAAAGAAAACGCAGAAGCAGGUUCAGCUGUUUCAGUAGCGUCGGGAAGGAAAAGGAAACAAAGAUGGGAUGUGGCCUCCGAAAUGCCACCUGCUCCAGAAGGUGAUAAGCAAGCAGAAGCGAAACCGAAAAAAUCUAGAUGGGACCAAACGCCCGUUCCCAGUGCACCCGAAGAAGCUCCGAAACGCCGAUCAAGAUGGGAUCAAGCACCAUCUCUUGUAUCUGCCACACCAGUAGGAAAUGAGGGCCUGGCGACUCCGAUACAUCCAUCUCAGGCAGCCGCUCCUGUUGCUCCAUUGACAUUUGGAACUGAUAUUUCGAGUCGAAAUGCACCUUUGUCUGACGAAGAACUGGACCUCAUGCUUCCAUCAGAAGGCUAUAAGAUUCUUGAACCUCCCCCUGGGUACGCACCUAUUCGGACUCCCGCUCGAAAGCUAAUGAGUACGCCAGCACCAAUGCCAAGUGCCAGUGGGUUUGGGGGUUUUGUGAUGCAAGAGCCUGAGAAUGCUCGGAUGAUGGGGAAGCAGCUGCCGACGGAUAUUCCUGGCGUUGGAGAUCUCCAAUUUUUUAAAUCAGAGGAUAUGCAAUAUUUCGGGAAACUCGUCGAUGGAGCAGAUGAGAAUACCAUGUCUGUCGAAGAACUAAAAGAACGAAAAAUCAUGAGACUGCUUUUGAAAGUCAAAAAUGGGACCCCUCCAAUGAGGAAGACCGCUCUUCGACAACUUACAGAUAAUGCCCGUCAAUUUGGUGCAGGACCUCUUUUCAACCAGAUCCUUCCAUUGCUCAUGGAGAAAUCAUUGGAAGAUCACGAGCGGCAUUUGCUCGUUAAAGUCGAGAGAUUAUUUCUACUUAGUAAAAGCUGCCCGGCCUUCGCCCACCAUGAUCAGUACCAUGCGCCUGAUAUUGACCAUGUCGAUGAAUACGUACGAAACACCACUGCAAGAGCCUUUGCUGUUGUUGCAUCGGCCCUUGGUAUACCUGCCCUCCUUCCAUUUUUAAGGGCUGUUUGUCGCAGUAAAAAAUCAUGGCAAGCAAGACAUACAGGUGUCAAGAUUGUUCAGCAAAUUCCAAUUCUAAUGGGAUGUGCAGUCUUGCCACAUUUGCAAGGCUUGGUGGAAUGCAUUGGGGACAACCUCAGUGAUGAACAAGCCAAGGUUCGCACCGUAACUAGCUUGGCGAUUGCUGCUCUUGCCGAAGCUGCGAACCCGUAUGGUAUCGAAAGUUUUCAAGAUAUCCUUGGGCCUCUUUGGACAGGAGCAAGAAAACAGCGUGGCAAGGGACUUGCGGGCUUCCUCAAGGCUGUCGGAUAUAUUAUUCCUCUUAUGGAUGAGGAGGGUGCGAACUACUUCACGAGCCAGAUAAUGGAAAUUCUUCUCCGCGAGUUCUCUUCUCCUGAUGAAGAGAUGAAGAAGGUUGUUUUGAAAGUUGUAUCUCAGUGUGCGGGAACGGAUGGUGUCACAGCAGCUUAUUUAAAGGAACAUGUGCUAACAGAUUUCUUCAAAUGCUUCUGGGUAAGGCGCAUGGCGCUCGAUAAAAGAAACUACCGACAAGUCGUCGAGACUACAGUUGAUUUAGGCCAAAAAGUUGGUGUCAGCGAGAUUGUAGAAAAGAUUGUCAACAACUUAAAGGAUGAAAGCGAGGCAUAUCGAAAAAUGACGGUGGAAACUGUCGAGAAAGUGAUUGCCUCCCUCGGUGCAGCAGAUAUUGGCGAAAGGCUCGAGGAAAGGCUUAUUGAUGGCGUCCUGUUCGCUUUCCAGGAACAAAGCAUCGAAGAUAUCGUGAUCUUGAACGGAUUUGGCACUGUUGUCAAUGCUCUUGGCACUCGUUGCAAGCCGUAUCUUCCCCAGAUUGUCAGUACAAUUCUCUGGCGUUUGAAUAACAAAUCCGCAACAGUUCGUCAGCAGGCAGCCGACCUUAUAUCCCGCAUUGCACUGGUCAUGAAACAGUGUGGUGAGGACGCCCUCAUGGGUAAACUCGGUAUCGUCCUUUACGAAUAUCUGGGUGAAGAGUAUCCUGAAGUUCUCGGUUCUAUUCUUGGAGCUCUGCGGUCUAUUGUUACUGUUGUUGGUAUCAAUCAAAUGCAGCCGCCUAUCCGAGACCUAUUACCCCGUCUCACCCCGAUACUGCGAAAUCGACACGAAAAAGUACAAGAGAACACUAUUGAUUUGGUUGGUCGAAUAGCGGAUCGAGGCCCUGAAUCCGUCAAUGCCCGAGAAUGGAUGCGAAUCUGCUUCGAGUUGCUCGACAUGCUCAAAGCUCACAAGAAGGGUAUUCGCCGUGCAGCUAAUAACACAUUUGGUUUCAUUGCAAAAGCUAUUGGCCCGCAAGACGUCCUCGCUACUCUUCUCAACAACCUUCGAGUGCAAGAACGCCAAUCCCGCGUCUGUACCGCUGUUGCCAUUGGUAUCGUCGCCGAAACUUGUGCGCCUUUCACGGUUCUUCCUGCCCUUAUGAACGAGUAUCGAGUGCCAGAGUUGAAUGUCCAGAAUGGCGUACUCAAAGCUAUGUCCUUCCUUUUUGAAUAUAUCGGCGAAAUGGCAAAAGAUUACGUUUACGCUGUCACUCCACUGCUUGAAGACGCAUUGAUAGAUCGUGACCAAGUGCAUCGACAAACAGCAGCCAGCGUGGUGAAACAUAUUGCUCUUGGUGUUGUUGGCCUUGGAUGCGAAGACGCAAUGCUCCAUCUCCUCAAUCUGCUGUAUCCUAACCUCUUUGAAACAAGCCCUCACGUUAUUGAUCGGAUAAUCGAAGCUAUCGAGGCCAUCCGCAUGGCCGUCGGCACGGGCAUUGUGAUGAACUAUGUUUGGGCAGGCUUGUUCCAUCCCGCAAGGAAAGUGCGGCAGCCAUAUUGGAGGCUAUAUAACGACGCCUACGUUCAAGGGGCUGAUGCGAUGGUACCUUAUUAUCCCACACUCGAGGACGAGGGUUUGGCGAGGCACGAGUUGGCGAUUGUUCUGUGA